GCUGAUGUGCGUGUGUGUGUGAUGUUUCAGAAGUCUCUGACAGAUCUCAGCUUGUUUUAAUUCCGACAAAAUUUUUAUUCCGACAAAAUUGUCCGUGUAUUUUAUAUUAAAUGUCAGAGCCCCAAUCUUCAUUAUUGCUUAAAAAACAAUUAGCUGAGCUGAACAAAAAUCCUGUUGAGGGAUUUUCAGCCGGAUUAAUUGACGAAAAUGAUAUAUUUCGAUGGGAAGUACUUAUUAUUGGGCCCCCGGAUACUCUCUACGAGGGUGGUUUCUUCAAGGCUCAUCUGUACUUCCCGAAGGAGUACCCACUACGGCCGCCACGUAUGAAAUUUGUAACUGAAAUUUGGCAUCCUAACAUUGAGAAGAAUGGUGAUGUUUGCAUAAGUAUCCUCCAUGAGCCAGGGGAUGACAAAUGGGGAUAUGAGAAGGCAUCUGAGCGCUGGCUGCCAGUACAUACAGUCGAAACAAUUCUCAUAUCUGUAAUAUCAAUGUUGGCUGAUCCAAAUGAUGAGUCUCCCGCAAAUGUGGAUGCCGCAAAGGAAUGGCGAGAGGCAUACCCGGAAUUCAAAAGAAAAGUGGCUAGAUGUGUCCGAAAAUCACAAGAAGAUAGCUCAUAGGUAUACUAAUAUUUUGAAUAUACAGACAUGCAUAAAUUUAAACAAGAAAAAAAAUUAUAAAAAUACAAUGAUGAAGAAAUAAGAAGAAGAAGAAGAAGAAGGAGGAAAUAUUGCUAUUAAUACUGAGAGAAAAUAAAGAGAAAAAAAUGCAAAAAAAAACAUAAAUUUUCACAUGAAAAAUAUACCUUCCAUGGAAAAAAAACAUUUAAAUACAUUGAGGUAUUGCAUUAAUAAGAAAAAAAAAACAUCAUAAUUAUAGAAUAAACAAUAGUAAUCAUCAUGAUACAACAUCAACAGAAAAAAAAACAUACAGACAAGGAUUAAAAUAUUAAAGAAAAAACACCAUUACAUACAAUUUUGAAUUUUGAAUUUGUUAUAAAGAAGAAAGAAGAAAGAGAUGAGAUGAGAGAAUAAUAAAGGUAUGCUAAAGGAAAAUAAA